CGUAGUUUCAUGCUCAACGCGGAAGCAGCUUUGAAUGGCAGUUGCACUUUACUGGUGUUUUUUCUUAUAGGUUUUUGUGUUUAUAGUUACAGUGACAAAAAUCAUUGUCAUUAAAAACCCGACUCACGUGGUGUUGUAGCUUGUUUUUUUGAGAGUGCAUCCUUCGGACAUGGCAUCUCGUGGCUUUCUGUCUUGCGUGUGAGUGUUUGUUGUUAGCUAGACUGCAGUACACCUUCCCAAGUUCCCCGUAGCGUGGAAGUUUCCAGCAGCAGCCAGCAAAAUGAAAUUCCGCUCGUCUGUCUUUGCCUCGUUUAUUUUGCUAUUUGAAGUGAUUGGCGUUGCCCUCUUCCUGCGGGGAUUUUUCCCUGUGCCCGUCAAGUCUUCUUUCUCGUCCAAGAGCAAACUGUCAGAUCUGCCAGCGGAGCCGCUGUCAGGGAGCACCCCUAACUCCACCCGCAUCCCACACCCCCUUUUUAAAAGGGUGGUUAUAAUGUUAGUGGAUGCGCUGCGGGAGGACUUUGUGUUCGGACCCAAUGGUCACAAGUUUAUGCCGUACACCAGACAUGUGGUGGAACGAAGCUCAUCACACAGUUUUGUGGCCAAGGCGAGACCUCCAACUGUCACCAUGCCCAGGAUCAAGGCUCUCACCACUGGCACUAUCCCAGGCUUCAUUGAUGUGGUAAUAAACCUAAAUUCUCCUGCAUUGCUGGAAGACAACCUCAUUUGGCAGGCCAAAACUGCAGGGAAAAGGAUAGUUUUCUAUGGAGAUGACACCUGGGUCCGCCUCUUCCCCAAACACUUCAUGGAGUACGAUGGCACAACCUCCUUCUUUGUGUCCGACUACACCGAGGUUGAUAACAAUGUGACCCGUCAUUUGGAUAGCACCCUUAAGAGAGAUGACUGGGACAUCAUGAUCCUUCACUACUUGGGCUUGGACCACAUUGGUCAUAUCAGUGGACCGCACAGUUCGCUCAUCCAGCCCAAACUGCUGGAGAUGGACGACAUCCUGAAGAAGAUUCACAGUGCCCUAAUUUCAAAGGAAACAGAGGAAUCUCUGCCCUACCUCCUGGUGCUGAGUGGGGACCACGGCAUGUCCGAGACUGGCAGCCAUGGAGGCUCCUCAGAACCAGAGGUCAACACACCACUGGUGCUCAUUAGUCCAGCCUUCAAAAGAAAAGCGGGAAUGGAGAAGCCUGGAGUGGUCGAGCAGGUUGACCUGACCCCAACCUUAGCACUGGGUCUCGGGCUGCCCAUUUCUCAAAACAGCGUAGGCCACGUCAUCCCAGGUGUCUUCGAAGAAACCUCACUCCGAGACCAGCUGCGUUUUCUGCAUCUCAAUGGCCACCAGCUCAGCUGCCUCCUCAAAGACAGCAUGCCUAACUAUGAGAAAGAGGUCGGCUUUGAGCAGUUCCGUGUGGCAGAAAAGGCUCAUGGGAAUUGGAUGAAGCUCUACAUGGAGGGAAACACGUCUGAGGUGCUGGCCAACAUGGGGAAAAAAGUGCUGAAACAGUACCUGGAUGCUCUGGAUGCCAUGAGCUCAGCUCUCAGCAAACAGCUUGGCAAAUACGACAUGUACUCCAUGAUCGCAGGCAUGGUCUUUGUGUUCCAGCUGCUGUUGGUCUUACUGCUGGCUAUGCCUGAAGCCCUCAGUGGAGCCGCAACUGUGGACCUCCCGGUCCUCUCAACCCUGCUCUCCCUGCCUUUCUACCUCUUGUGCCUGUUGUUUGCCUCCAUUCACGUCUUGGUGUGUACAUCUGCUGAAAGCACCUGCUACUUCUGCAGCCUCUCCUGGGUUCUCGUGUUUGCUGCCAUCGCCCUCUCAUCAGCAGUGUUUUGUAUUUUGAUCUCCAUGGCGACACGCCGACUUCCCCUUGGGCAAAAGAUUCACGGGAAGUCUCCACUGAGGAGCAGUGGCAGUGAGUGGUCACUGUCAGAGCUGGAUAUGUUGCUGCUGGCCGGCACCGUCGGACACACACUCAGCUUGGGGGCCAGCAGCUUCGUAGAGGAAGAGCACCAAACCUGGUACUUUCUGCUCAGCACCCUCUGCCUCGUCGUCUUCCAGGACGUCUGCCGCAAGUACUUCAGAGAGCAGAGUGGCUCAGGGGAUGAUGAAGAAGAGCAUAUCCUUCCCUGCAAGGACCAUCAUCCCUAUGCUCCCAAUAAGGCAGAUAUUAAUUCAGAGAAGUGGCUAGCAUUAGCCACACCGCCCUUCACUCUGGCCUGCUGCCGGCUGCUGCGCUCAUUCAAUCAGACGGGGAUACAGUGGGCUCAUCUUCCUGAUUUUGGACAUUGGCUUAACAGCUCUGAGCACGGGUUGGUCCUUUCCCUUCUGGCUGCCUUCUGUCUCAUUCUUAUUUACCUCCUGGUCCAAAGACGGUGUUCAUGGGUCUCCAAGGUCGCCCUCGCCCUUGGACUUUUGGGUGUCUACAGCUACCGCGCAGCUGUCGGCAAUGUCUCGUUUCCCUGGCAACAUUCUGGUCGUACCACGUCCAAGGGAACAGUGGAGGCACGCUUUGUCUAUGUCUUCGUUUUGGGCAUCCUCUUCACGGGCACCAAAGACCUGCUGCGAUCCCAGAUUAUCACGGCAGAUGCCAAACUGAAGAGCAGAGGAUUGUGGGAGAUUUACAGCGGCUUGGUCUUGCUGGUUUCCCUGUUGUUUCGUGCCCACAACCUGCCCGUGCUGUGCGGCUGCCUGCUGAUCCAGGCGCUCAUGGCUCAGUUUAUCUGGAAGAAGCUCCACUAUGAUGCAGCUCAGACCACCAUCAUGCACUACUGGUUUGGUCAGGCCUUCUUUUACCUUCAGGGCAACUCCAACAACAUUGCCACCAUUGAUAUUUCAGUGGGCUUCAUUGGUCUGGAAAGUUAUGUAGAAGCACCUGCCGUCUUCUUAACGGCCCUCAACACUUACACAGGGCCCCUGCUCUGGGCGUGUCACCUGGUCUGCUACCUCAGCUCAGAGAGAGACAGGAGCCCGGUUGCAGUCGGCCAUGGUUGCUACUGUUUGGCCCUGCUGAGGUCUGUGCCAGCAGCAGCCUACAUUGUGCUGGUAACUGUUCUACGUUACCAUCUCUUCAUAUGGAGCGUCUUCUCACCCAAAUUACUGUACGAGUCCGUGCACCUGCUGCUGACUGCAGGGGUCUGUCUCUUUUUCAACACGAUGGAGCAAAGCCACAGCUCCGGUACGUCUUAGGCAGCCAAAGACGCAGAUCCCCCCCCCCCUGUUAAUGACAAAAAGGUCAAACACAGUCUCAUCCUUUUGUGUGUAUGAAAUCCUCAUAAAGACUGACACUCACCGCUGCAUGUUUCCCCUCACUCUGUGCUCUGAUCUGUUCACAGUAUGAGACCACACACCUGAAAGACAAAUACUAAAUACAUUGAGAAUGGACUUACAAUUUAUUUCAUAUUUAAUCACAAGGGGGAACCAGUUUGUUCUUUUGAAAGACACUAACUUUUUUACUUGUACAAACAGUAUAUUGCUCUACCUCAGGGACUGCUACGCAGAGUCUGAUGUUAUGGCUUCACGCCUAAUUUGAUGACUAAUGUGUGUCAGUGGAAACAAAUAUCAUGUUGACUGGAGUGUACAGUAAAUGCAUUGGUUCUUUUAAGGGUAAAUUAUUGAUAAGAAAAUGGUUGUUGCUAUAAAUAUUAUGUUUGAUUGUAGAAAAAGUCGAUCAGUUUAUGUGAUUAUUGGUAAUUAUGUCAAAACAACUGAUGAAAAUUGAUUAAAAAAAAAAAAAAGAUUUCCACUGCAAUGACUCAUGUUGGCAGCAGCAGCAGCAGGCAUGUAUUUGUGGACUGUAUGUUUUAGCAGAAGUAAUGAUAUUUAAGAGGUUUCCUGAAUUCAUCAUAAACCUGCUCCUCUAAGCUCAACCUGCAGAAGUGAUGAAAUUUACUAGGGUCUUUGAAAGCAUCUCGUUAGCUGCUCUUCUAAACUUGCUCGGUAAAGUUUGUUUACAGAAAGAACACGCUGCUAGAUUUGAAAGAGUCGAGCACAACCUGACAUAACACAUGUACGAAUGUUAGUCCGUGCUUCUACUGCAUGUGCAGCUUGAGUUAGACUAGAGUUACUAGAGGCCGAUACGCUAAAGAAGCCGACAACAGUGACAAAAACAUGGCAAUAUUUAGGACAGUACAUUUUUGGGACUGACGAGAUGACAAACUCUGUCACGCUCUGUCAGCUUGAAGAGUUUGACAUUUUAAAGUUAAUGGAUGGUAGGAAGACUCAGAAUGCCGCCUGACGUUCUAACAACCACACACUAAGAAGUUGAAAUGGGUUUUUUCCGUUCUCUAGCGGAGCGGAGGUGGACACACUUCAGUCAAUAAAUCAAUUCCUCACUUGUACUUCUUUACAGGGACAAGAACAAUAGUCCAAAUUGAACGGCAUAGUGGAGCCACAACCGCAGCUCGACUCGACUGUGCAUGAGAAUGUAGUGAGAGUGUGGAAUAGCCAACUUGAAAGUUAUUUCACAGUCUAGCACCGCGUUGUAUUUUCAUAUUCUUUUCAUACUCGUGUCACAUGAACGACGGAGAUAAUGAAAUUGGAGUUCAAUAUUCAGGGGAUAAUUCUGUCAAAUAUUUGAACAGCAUUUUUGAUUGA